GGCGUUUCACGAAUUAGUGAAAUCGAAACUAGAAGAAUGGCAGACGGAAGUAAUUUUCAAUCGUUAAAAGAUGGUUCUGAUGCAGAUUUUGAAUUCACUUGUACACCUUGCAGCAAAGACAAUAUCCGAGAAGAGGCCGACAAGUAUUGUCCUGAGUGUCACGAAUAUUUGUGUAAGACAUGUACAAGAUGCCAUGGUCGAUUUAUUGCUACACAGCAACAUACACUGCUGGAUAAAAGCGAUGCUAAACGAGGUGCUGUUGUUUCCAGGAUAAAAUGUCUUUUCCAUCCAGACCGAGAAAUUGAAAUGUACUGCCUUACACAUGAUAUGGUGUACUGCCUCUUGUGUAUUGCAACAGAACAUAGGUCUUGUCACGAAGUAAACAAAAUUGAAGAUGUGUCAAAACAACGUGUCACUCAAGCAGAGAUUAAAUCGCUAUUAGAUGGGACACAAACUGUACAAGACAAGGUGAAGUCACUUACAGUUAAACAGAAACAAAAUGUAACUGCAAUAGAGAAAGAGAAGGAAGCUUUUGAAGGGAAACUAGAUGAUACAGUGACAAAACUUAUGGAACAUAUUAGAAAAUUGAAAAGAGAGACAGCUAAAUGUUUAAAUGAUAAAUAUUCUACAUUGAAAGAGGAACUCGUAUCUGCUAUCAGUGUAUCAGGUCGCACAGCUGAAGACUUAAAACAAACUAAGGAACAACUGUAUACAAUUGACAGUCUGGACUUAGAGCAGCAAUUUGUCCGGGUGAAAUUGAUGAAGAAAACAGUCCAAGAUGCAAACACUUUUAUAACAGAAGGUGAGGCAGAAGGUACAAAAUUUAUCGUUUUUACUGUAAAUAAAGAGUUGACGGACAUCAUCACAAAAGCAAAUUCUAUAGGUGAGGUGACAACUGGAAUUGUCCAUGAGCAGAAAUUGAAACAGAGGCAGUACAAAAUAAAGUCAAUGAAAGAGAUCAAUGUGAAGCUAAGUAAUGACGAACAGAAAUGUUACAUAUCUGAUAUAUGUAGACUUGCUGAUGGUACGAUCCUUAUGACUGAUUGUUUCAAUAACAAAGUGAAAAGACUCAACACUAAUGAUAGUGUAGAAAACGUCUAUUUGAUUUUGAUGCUAACCCUACAGGGUAUAUUAGUGUAG